GGACAUUUCUCCCUUCAUUCCAAAACCAAUGCAUGCAACAUGGCGGUUUCUAAUUUUCAAAUCUUUUGUGCUGUCACCGUAGUCGCAGUUGCCACAUUCAUUAAUUUACCAGCCCCUCGUUUCUCUCAAAGGCUACAGGAGUGGAGAAAUAUGGGGCAAUAUUUUAAUUACAGAGGCAACGCCAUAUUUUACCAAGGUGAGCUCAUGAAUAAGCUUUUAUUGGCGCGAAAUCGAUUGAUUUGCAUACGAGUUUUGAAUUUUUAAUCCAAAGAGAUUUAGCAACCCCAUUUUUGUUGAUAACAGUUUGUAAAAGGUGUAUUUAGGAACCUCAAUUGCAGAAGCUUGCUAACAUCGAUCACAAAACCUUCUUUGUUUGAAUAAUUUGUUAUGGAUAUUAUUGCAUGCAAUUCUUAGUUUGCAACCGCGUGACGAGGCGGCCGUGUUGGGAGUCAAUAAAACAGAAUUUCUUCACGAAGAAUUUACAUGAAAAUACAGUGUAGUUCCCAGAGGAGAGAAAGGCUUUGUUUUUGACCACCAACAUGGCUGCCGUGACAUCACAUGCAAACCAGCAGUCAAUAAAAGCAGAUAUGACCUUUUAGGUUACGCUUCAACAGCUCAUGUCUUAGUCGCCAGCUUUUUGAUGCUGAGUAUAAAUUUGCUUUCAGAUUUUAGAGGUUACAAACAGGAUGAAGAAAGCGUUGUUCUUUGCAUUCAUGGAUUUCCUACCAGUAACUAUGACUGGUCAAAGGUGGGCGGUCCUCUCUGUCUUUAUGAACCAGUCAAUGCCAAAUCGCCCCUCCCCCCCCCGAUAUUUGACUGGGGUCUUUUUCUGUACAGCAGGGAAUUUGACCCAAAAUGAAGCCCGCCCAGUCAGGCAUUGACUUUCAUUUCAAAAUGCUGAUCAGCAUUGCAAGCAAAAGGAUUUUGUAAUUUUUUCUGCAUUCUGCAUGAAGAGAUGCAUUCAAAGGUCAUUGCUCCUAUAUUCAUUGAUUUGUUGGAGCAUUUGACAGCCUUUGAAAAAGCCCAUUAAAUGUUGGCUUUGUGGAAUGAACAAUUUUAAAGGAGGAUAUUACCAUAUUCCCGUCAAGCGUUGUGGUCAAUUUACUAUAUUAUCAAACGGCUGAAUUCCAGUGUGACUCAUUUCAAAGUGUUGCCAUGGAGGCAAGUAGCAACAGAUGCCCUUCUCAGGUCUAAAAUUUUGUUUGGCGUUUAAAUAUUUAAUCAAUAUUUUUUGACUGUAUGUAAAUAAAAGCUUACUGAUAGACCCUUUUACAUAUGAAUAAAAUGAAUUGAUACAUGGGAAAAUUUUUGAAUAGUUGCAGCUGGGUGGGGGAUUUGAUGCUUUUCGAAGCACUAGCCGGUGGGGCUAGGGGGGGAAUGGGACAUGCUUGGAAUAGACCUUAUAAUGUUCUUGAUACCUGCCAUCUUUGUGAGCACUUUAGGAUUGAUGAGACAAAAGUGAUGUAAUGUGUUAUUUCUGGGGGCAAACAAGUGGUAAAAUCUGCCAAUACAUCAUUGCGUAAUUGUGGUUGAGUUCGUUUUCUCUCUCUCUCAAAAAAGUCCCAAAAUAAAAAAGUGUGCUUUUCCAAACUUAGCAAACAUAGUGAGUAACCACUUCUAUCGGUCAGGGUUUGACAAAAACUUGAAUUUCAGCUUUUCUUUAGGACUGGCAGCACUAAAAUCAAGGCCUCUUAUCUUUGUUUAAGUUAUAUGAUUUAGUAAAAGGAUAAGCUUUGCCUUUCCCGUCAGGCAUGUGAGCGUGCCAAGCUGUGCCUGACAGGGAUUUACUUGAGAAUGCUUCUGUUUAUUUGCUCUAAAAAUACAUUUGGAAUUAUAAGUUGCAUGAUAUUGAUUAUUGAUUACUGGUCCCAAGGGAAACAGUAAUUUGUUUGCCGAGAGUCUCAAUGUUUCCCAAGGGGCCAGUCUUGUAGUGAUUUGUUUUACAGGUGGAAAUUUUGUCACUGGAAUUCAUUAAAUCUUGCUGUAAUAUGGCAGUUGUCGGUCAACAUUUCCGGGUAACAGUGCACUGUUACCCUCUGACAAUAUAAAUUUUGCAAUGUUGCCUGCACAGAAAUUUUGGUGAGAAACAGUUUCAUUGUUAGAUGUCAUGUGACCUCGAGAUAACCAAUGAGAGUGCCCGCUACUGGGAAGAAAUUUCCAGCCAUAUAGCAAUAUGUUAUUGCUCUCUUUGCUUGAAAUUGGAAUUAUUGAAGAGUUAAAAUUAUGGAAACAAGAUAUCAGCUAGUCAAUGCCACGAAUUUUAGGUCUCUGAGGAUUUUUGUACAUCAGCAAUGACGCAGGAUGCUGAAGUAACAUAACCAAUGAUUUUAGUGAAACGAAAUGAAUUUAAAUUAGGAGUUAGCUAAUGCCUUUUCAAUAUUUGUAUAUAUCUGAAAGAGUUAUGCUGAAUCGCACUUUUAGGUCACUGGUUAACUUCUUGGAAGCAUGAUAGUGGAAUAGGUACAUUCCUGGAAAAUGAGCCCAUUUCAUGAUAACUUUGUAUAGUGUAUAAUUUUAAUUUUAAUCCAGGUUUGGGAACCACUGAAGAGAAAUUUUGGACGAGUCAUUGCAGCCGAUAUGCUGGGCUUAGGGUUUAGUGAUAAACCGGUGGGUAUAGCUGCUGUUUCAGGACAAAAUUAAAUUCAGGCUAAAAUUUUUUAACCUAUAAUGAGUCUUAAUUUCUUUUGUCUCCUAGCCCUAAUUCAUGAAAAUUAUGGCUGGGAGACAAAGGAAACUGAGAAUCAAGCUAGGUUUAAAUUUCAGCAAGCAAAGAAAGUAGUGUCCGAUAGCCUGGGGCUAGAUAUGGAUAUAUUGCUGAUGGGCUAGUGAAUUAUGUUCUUAAACUAGCUCAACUGAAGUUUUUUGGGGAAUUCAAAUAACAGAUUACCGAUUUUUAUAAGAACUGUAAUAUUAAUUCUGCUCAUCGAAAAAAAAAAAAAAAUUUGGGGGAGGGAGGGGGGUGCUAGCUAGUACAUCCUAGCUACAGAUUGCCCAAUUUAAUUUUGACCUGCAACAUAGCCAUGUGUUAUGCCGUAUAGGGGUCAUAAACUUAUCUGGUCUCACCUCCACCUUCUGUCCACUCUGGCAUAUUAGACAAAAUUAUUUCAGCGUAAUGUUCAUAAUUAGCAAUAAUUAUUAUUGAAUGUGGCUGAGUAUCGUCUGAAGAAUUAUAGAGAUCAAGGAGGGUGUAACAGGGUAACACCCUCCGAGAUCUCCGUAAUUCUUCGGAUGAUAUGAAAGCUGAAUUCAAUAACUGUUUUAUUAUUAAUUCAAAAUAAUUCCUAGGUUAAAAACAAGCUAAAACAUGCUUUAUACCCCCAUCGAUGUUAAGUUCAUCUUCGAUAGUGCAUGUUUAUUGGCAAGUUUAGGAGAUAAAGGAUUGUUUAGUUCUGCAAAUAUUCUCCAAACAGCAGAUGUCCUCCAUUGAGUUGUCUUCUUGCUGUUCUUGCUAUGUUUUUAACCAACAGUUCACCUAUUCUUUGUUUUCAUUCAUGUGGCCAGCAUCUGUGCAAAUUUAUUGGAACAAAUCGUUUAACUCCCACAGGACUGGUUUGGGACACAAACAUGGCCGCCCUUUCAUUGUUUUGGGACACAAAUAUGGCCGCCAUGACGUCAUGUGAAAACACACAAUUUCUUCCUCAUGAAAUGAGUGAAAUGUUCCGCCAUUUUGUAUUCACUACCAAAACAACUCAACCCUGUCCCCAGGUCUUCUUGGUUAACCAUUCAAUAAUCUGGCAAUUUUGCUGCACGAUUGAUGUCAGCAGUUCACAUAUUGCAAAAUUCCUCUAAAUUUGUCGACAGUAGCUGGUUAUGAUGAAUUAUGCAUGGAAUUUUAGCCAAUCAGAAAUGGAGAAAUAUUUUGAAUGAAUAAUCAUUAUUAUUAUGACCUCAUAUAGACAGAAUUGCUUGCAUUUAAGAGAAGAUAAGGGAUCUAGGGGACACUUCGUGAUGUCUACCAUAACAGAAUAGCAUGAAUCUCAUUAACUGGCCCCAGUUGUUCAAACGUUGGAUAGCGCUAUCCACAGGAUAAAAAUCUAUCCAGUGGAUAGUGAUAGUAUUAGUUUCCCUCCGCUGGAUAGUGAUUUAUCCGGUGGAUAGCACUAUCCAACGUUUGAACAACCGGGGCCUGGUAUUUUAUAUAUAUAUUUCAUGAAUAUGUAUAUAAUAUCUCAGUCGCUUGCAAUUUCAUUGACAUUCACACAGUCUAUUGUUGUGCAUUCUAUGUUAUCCAGCGUGGCAGAGAUUACACGGUAAUGGAACAAGCCACAUUGCAGGAAGAAUUUGUGCGGUAUCUUGGAAUACAUAAGGUUCAUAUUUUAGCGCAUGACCUGGGUGAUACAGUUGCUCUUGAGAUGUUGGCAAGGUAAUUUCUGGGAUGUUCUUGGAAUUGUUCAAUGUUAUCAAUAUAUUAUUUAAUCUUCUUGGUCAGGGAUGAAAAAUGUUCAGCCCUGUCUCAAUCUGACUCUUGUGGGACAUGAAAGAGCGACUAAGGAUAUGUUACAAUCUCUGUUAGUGACCACUCUUAGUGUCUGUCUGCCAUAGAUUAUAGAACUGGGUGGCGGAAAGAUUUAUAUUCAUGAGAGGUGAAAUAAAAAAUGUACAAAUAUUUAAUGUAACAUGUAGUGCAGUUAUUCUUGAUUAACUACAGGUCAGCAUUGUGCUGUUUUGGUAUGUUGGGUAUUCCUUUUUGCCAUGCCUCAUCUGCACAGCCUCCCCUAACUAUCAGCAGGGGUUUCAAUAAAAAUUGAAGUAGCUAGCAAGUUUGAAAAGAGUAUCCAACUGUAUAAACAACGAGUGUCUGGGGGCGUGCUUCUCCAGAAUAUUUUGAAAUUUCAAAGCCCUAGAAUGUGAUUUUCAGUGUUCUGAGUAUAACAUUGAGGACAAAAGAGUGUGUUUUUCAUUCAAAAAUAUGUAGCUUUCAUUCAAGGUUUGAUUUAUUGGUGACACAAUCAAUUCCUACAACCAAUGAACGAAUGGUGAAAACUAAAUUACGUUAACUU